AUGACCGUAGACACGCCUUAUGAGAUUCUCAUUGUUGGUGCGGGCAUCUUUGGUGUCAGUACAGCCUACCAUCUAUCGCUCCAAACGCCGCAACCACGCAUUCUCCUCCUCGAUCGCAGUCCUGCGCCUCCCUUGCCUGCAGCUUCAACCGACCUCAACAAGAUCAUCCGCGCCGACUACACCAAUCCUCUCUACAUGGCCCUCGGGUUCGAGGCCAUCGAAGCCUGGCAAUCCCACCCCUGCUUCCAAGCAGCAGGAGUCCACCAUCCCACAGGCUGGAUCUGCAUGGACGAGAAAGACAGCAAGACCGCCAUCCGAGUGCGCGAGAACUUCCACCGCGCGGGCCACGACGAUUGUGUGGUCGACAUGACGGAGGAGGAGGUCCGACAAGCAUGGGGCGGACUGCUGCAACAAACCGACUGCUCACCGUUCGGGUCCUAUUACUUCAACCCAUCUGCCGGUUGGGCGGAUGCAGGCAAGGCGCUGCAGAUCCUGACCCACGAGGCCGUGCAACGAGGCGUCCGAUUUAAAACCGGCGAGGCGCGUCGCAUCACGCGGGACAACGGCGGAUCACUGGGGGUGAAGACCGCCGACGGGACGGUCUACCGUGCCGAUAAGGUUGUUCUGGCCACGGGUGCGUGGACGAGCCAGCUCAUGUCGUCGAUUGAGGACGAGCUGGAACUCCCGGAUGUAAACCGUGUCGAGCGACAGAUCACGGCUGCCGGGGUCUGUGUGUCGCAUUUUCGGUUGACUCCCGCGGAGCAGGAGCGCUACGCACAGCUGCCGGUGUUUGUCUACGGUGGGCAAGGAGAGGUUAUUCCGCCCACCGCAGACGGGAUCCUCAAGUUUACUACGGCCAGCUCCUUCACCAAUACCAUCCAGACCGCAUCAGGUCAUGAGAUCUCCGUUCCGGUGCAGGAUCAAUUGACAGUGCCUCAGAAGCUGCAGGAGAGGCACUUAAACGAGAUUCGUCCCCGACUGCCUGAGCUGCUGAACGAGGGACGACGACGUCCGGAGUGGUAUCGCCUCUGCUGGGAUGCCAUCUCCCCCAGCCAGCAUCCGCUGAUCACUCGGCAUCCCGACCCUCGGUUGGCGAACCUUUAUCUAGCCGUUGGGGGUUCAUUUCACAGCUACAAGUUCCUUCCCACGAUCGGACGGUAUGUGGUGAACGUGCUGCAAGGUGUGAGCAACGGGCCCGAAAAAGACGAGGCGUGGGCGUGGAAGACAAUCCAGCCUGAUGAGAAAGGCGUGCACGAGAAACUGAUUCCCUCCACAGAGUUUCGAGAGUUGGUGUGAGGGGGUGGCGCUGGCCACGACACAGACGUAUGCAUGCAUGCACGGAUGGGGGUAAUACGAGGCGCAUGGACACAACUGCGGGGAUGUAGUUAGCGCAGCGAUCAGUGCGAAUGUCGUCUCUUCAGUCAAAUAAGCUUGUCGCUCUGCGGUUGCAU